AUGGCAUCAUCAGCCCUGCCCACCCAUCACCGGGCCCUUGUGCUCGAAACCCUCGAAGGAGGCUUCUCGGUCAAAACCGUAUCCACUCCCCAGCCUGAUCCCGGUAGCGCCAUCGUACGCAUCCUCGAAGCUGGAGUGAUCUCGUACCAUCGCGAAAUCUACAAUGGAGAGCGUCACUAUGAUUUCCCAAAGCCGAUCGUUGGGGGAUCGAGUGCCAUCGCCCGUAUCGUCGCUGUAGGUCCAGAUGCCGUGGUCCUGCAACCUGGUCAGCUCGUCUGGAUGGACUGUGUGAUUCGCGCUCGAGAUAAUCCGGACUCUCUAUUUCUCACGGCUAUUCAUGAGGGUAUGGACGCCGGAAGUCGGAAAUUGAGCAGCGCUGUUUGGCGGGACGGAGCAUUCGCCGAAUAUAUGAAGGUACCGCUGGAAAACUGUAUCCGGCUGGAUGAAAAUAGGCUGUGUGGAGAGCUGGGAUACACCACCCGCGAGCUGAUGUACAUGAUCUACUUGCUGGUGCCGUUCGGUGGACUUAGAGACAUCCGGCUCGAGCCUGGCGAGACAGUCGUUGUGUGCCCUGCAACUGGAGGAUUUGGGGGCGCGGGUGUGCAAGUCGCCAUAACAAUGGGUGCAAGGGUCAUCGCCAUGGGGAGGAAUGAACAAGAGUUGGCCAGGUUGAAAGAGCAUAUCAAGAAAAGGAGCCCUGCGGCGAGCAUUGAAACAGUCACGAUGACAGGUGACUAUGAAACCGACGUAGCUACGCUACAAGCUUUCGGGACCAUCGACGCCGUGAUCGACUUCACACCUCCUUUUGCGUGUAAGUCUUCCCAUCUGAAAAGCGCGAUUCGCUCGUUGCGGCGCGGGGGACGGUGCAGCAUGAUGGGCUAUGUUGAAGAUGUGAUCAAUUGGAACGUCAUGGCUCUGAACAUCACGAUAAAGGGCAAGCUGAUGUAUGAGAGGGAGGACAUGGUUUUGUUUGUGAAAAUGUUGGAGCGAGGCUUGUUUCCUCGUGGAAAGGAGCUCGUAGACCCUAAGGUGUUCAAGAUGGAAGAAUGGAAGGAAGCGCUUGACGUCGCAGCGCAGUGGACAGGAAUUGGCAAGACAGUUAUGAUUGAGCCUUGA